CAGCAUGCUGCACAUGGAGCGGACCGCGGCGGUCGUCCAUAGCAACAACCUCUGGUAGCAAAGCGUAGUGUGGCCGCGCAACCGCCACAGCACAGCAGCCCGAUGUUCCAAGAUGCUACCACCCACACUCGUGGUCCUAGCACUCAUGAGCCAUAGCGGCAUACUCGGCAAAGCUAUUAACUCGAUCAUGGGCCCUUACAUAUUUUACCUCGAGCGCAUGUACGCGUGUGAACCACAAAAGCAAGCUCUUCCGUGGAGAUGGUAUUUUCGUACUACUCGCUUCAACCCAUAUAAACCAAGAGAACCACAACUCCUGACCGGUAAUAUGACGGGGGAUGCAGCAGUUGAUGAUAGUUGUUCGGGGAAAAUAAAGGCAGCUGUUUGGUCAAAUAAUCAAUGGAAGGAAAACGCUUUUGUUUUCGCUUUCAAAAACAGAGUGUGCACGUCUCUUAAAGAGAAUGUACCAUCGGUUUGGGACUUGUUUUUUAAGAGUAGAGAAGAAAAGGGCGAUGUCGGCUGCACAAUCAAAACGGGAUUUUACGAGUAUGAUAACGUCCCACUAAGACUGGUUUUCCCCAAAGUUCCUGUACUGACGUAUGGGCGCUACAGGGUCACAGUGACGGCUAGCAAGGCUGGAGACCUCUACCACUGCAUGGAGGCAGAGGGUAGGGUAACUCCUAAGGUCAACUAAGAUCGAAGCUUAGUUUCGUUACCUUUAUCGCAGCAUCGCAAAACAUCUAAGCGUCUAAAUAAAUCGUCGUAACUCUGUAUUAUGAA